AGGCUUUUAGAUGAUCAACCUUGACAGCGAACAGUCCGAUAUAUGAUGCCAUCCUCCACCCAACUCUCCGCUAUGCUGCCCACGGUUCAUAUUCACGGCAGUUGGCAACGAGUCUGGGCAGAGGCCAGUAAGAACAUGUGAGAACUCGUAAUCACGGUGGUUUCCUUGCCAAUGAUCAUUUGUUUGUACGGCAAUCAAAGGGGAUUAUCAAAUAGAUUAUAAUUGAAGUGACCAGUGACUUGUGGUACACGAAAUAAAAAACGAUAUGCAUUAAAAGAGAAGAUUAAAAUAUCGUCUGGUGGAUGGUGAUAUUGCUCGUUUAUACUGAAUAAAAUUGCCGGUGUUGUUUUUAUUGCUGGAAGUAUACAUGAUGAAUUUGUUCAACUCUACUGCAUUCAAUAAAACUGAAAAUUUUUUGGAAAUCAUGGAAUAAUCAGGGCACACAAAUUAAAUUAUAAAUGCACGCCAACCCGCGCAGCAUUGAUCGUUUGAUAGGAGGAAGGAAAUUUUAGACAGAAGUGAUAUAUAACAGCACGUAUUUUUCGACCGUAAAUAUUUAAUUUUGACUAAUUUGCCAUCAUGAAGAUCAAUAAACGAACGUUCCUGAUAAAGCUUCACUACUUCCUGUUUUUCGGAGGCAUGGCACCCAUUCUACCCUUCGGGCUGGUGAUAAGUCUCCAGUUGGGCUCCUCCGUAUCCCUGAUGGGGACGGUCGGUGCUCUGGUCCUGAUGCUGACGAUGGUGGUGAAGCCCUUCAUCUCUACGUUCGCCGACGCCUUCCCUAGAACCCGCGGGCCCCUCUUCGUGGGCACCGUGCUACUCUUCGGCCUCUCCCUCAGCAUCAUGGCUUUCGUCCCUCAGUUCACGGAUGCGCCGUAUUAUUCAGACGCAUGGAUCGUGUCACGAGACAUGUUUAAUUCUCACUCAUUCAGCUCUGAAAUAGAUAAGAAAGAAACUGAACAAUCUCCUGGAUCCUCGUAUCAAGAAUUGAAAAUCUUUUCGAUUGAUCUCUUCCCCAAUUCUACUGUGAAUGAGAGUCUUUCAAAUCAUGAAUGUGGCGAGAACAGAUUCACUGAAAACCUCAGCUCAUCAAAACAAACUUCAUUCUCAUGGCCAGAUCUCUUCAUCGUCCUGCCCAACAACGGUUCCUGUGAGCUGGAGGCAGGUCGCGACUGCCAGUUUACUUGGACGUCGGCGCUGCUUCAACUGACUCUCGUCAACUCGUCUUCCAACUUCUCCACCUACGCCGUCGCCGCCCCUGGCGAUGCCAGCGUCCAGUGUGUGCCAUCGGGCUACGCUGGCAGCCUGACGUGCGUGGGAGGGCAAUGGGCCACGACAGAGUGCGGCGGCAAUCCUAUUCAUCGAGGAACCUUCUGGUCAUUCGUUCUGCUUAUGAUUCUUUCCGACAUCUCGUACUCGACGGCGAACUCCUUCACCGACGCCAUCACGAUGGACACGCUAGGUGAAGACGGUGACUAUGGAAGUCAACGGCUGUGGGGAGUGUUGGGCUGGGGACUUCUAGGUCCACUUUCCAGCUUCCUCGUAGACUGGCACUCUGGGGAAGCACAAACCAAAGACUAUACACCAGCAUUCAUCCUGGCCGCAAUUUUCUUGGGAUUUGACGUCAUCGCUGCCAGUAGACUCAGAGUGCCAGUGCAGGAAGCAGAGGACACAGUGUUCAGGGCUGUCAAGCCCUUGCUGAAAAAAGUGCAUUUUCUCGUCUACCUCUUGUCCUCACUCGUCAGCGGUGUGCUCAACGCCGUACCUUUAAUCUACUUAUUCGUUCUGCAGGAGGAGGUCGCUGCAGGUACACCUGCUAUGCAGACUGUGAAGUUAUUGCAGGGACUGACGGUGUUGGUACGAUGCGCUGCUGAACUUCCCUGCAUGCAUUUCGCUGACGUGUUGGUAAAGAAAUUUGGAUCCGAGAGGAUAGAAUCCUUGGUAUUCGUUCUCCACGUGCUUCGGUUGGGCAUAAUAUCUGUAACGAGUAAGUGGGCCCCCCUAUGGACCACGAUCCCGGUGGAAGUCCUGAGCGGCCCGGUGUACGGCUUUGGUUACACGUUGGUUGUCAUCAACGCGAAACGCCACUCCCCCGUAGGGCUGUCCACCACCGUCCAGAGUCUCGGUAACCUCUGCUUCGAUACAUUAGGAUACGCUUUGGCAUCAGCAAUCUCAGGCGUGAUGAUAGACGCAUACGGCAACAUCUCCACCUUCGUGGGGUGGGCGGUGGUGGGUGCGGUGGCCUGGCUGCUACAUCUUGUCUACACGUGCAUGGCUCCGCCACCCGCGAUAAAAUU